ACGACAAACCGUCGUAUUAUCCUCUGUUAUCAUGUCAAACUGUCGUAGAACUCAAACAGGAAACAUGCUAAAAGGAAAAAAGACGCACUAUGAGUGUAUUAAAAGCGCCGAUAGACUAUAAGAGAUUAGAAGAGGAACUUUACGCAGCUCUUGCAGCUGAUAAGUUAUAUAAAUUACAAAACGACGCUAAAAUUCGCGCGAUUGAACAAGCAGUGCCAACAUAUGAACACUUUAGACAAAUGGUGAAUGGUGCUCACUUGAAAUCCCUGGAUCGCAAUGAUAUGAAAUCUAAAAGUAGUGUGCAAUGGAAUCCAUUGAUUAAACCUGCUAAGUUUCAUGACUCAACUGUAUCGGAAGUCUUAAAAAAAUCAACACGAGAUAAAGGCAGCAUUGAAAGUACCGUGAUAAAAUCUCGAAAAACAUGCAAGGACUUUUUACAAUCUUGGAGAACAAUUACAGAUCAUUCCGAAAAGUUUACUUAUGUGUGGAACCUAAGAAACGAUCUGCAACAUCACGUCUUUCGAGUGGAAAUCCCGGCAUCUUUUCUCGGUGACUUUGCAAACGCGUGUCUGCAGCAUUUGUCAAAAGUGGAUGAUAUAACGCCAGUUAUAGAACUUCUUGGCAUAUUGAGUACGUGUAAUCGGUUUGAUUUGACGAUGUGCUUCAUGACGAGGGAUGAGAAAUCUACGUGCGAGCGGCUUUUCCAACAAUUACAGCUGAAGGGAAGGUCAUCAGAUAAAUCUUUCAAAAGUGCGAUCAAAUCGUUAGCCGCGAAAUAUGAGGUUAAGCUUGAUUAACAAAGUAGAGUGUACUUAUACGAUAAACAAUAUUAUAAAUAUGUAUAAAUAGAUGAGAGAGAUAAAACAAAAUAAAUUAUU